AAGAGAGGGAGGGAUAGUUUCCGCUCUCACAUUUGCAUUGAUGCAUUAAACACAUGCUUCUAGGUCAGGGCUGAACUGGCAGAACUUUACUGCAGGCUAUACCUGAGUGUGUUCUAGUUGUGCCAUGGCAUCAGACAGGUACUUUCUUCACCAUGGACUUUUGUUACCAACUGUGGUUCACAAUGAGGAGAGUCUGAAAUAUGCCAACGAUUUCAAAGUUCAGGACAGGGAUGUGUUUGCCAUUACUUACCCCAAAUCAGGCACCACAUGGAUGCAAGAGAUUCUCCCUUUAAUCCUAAAUGGAGGAGACCUGACUCCAGUGCAAACUAUUCCCAACUGGGACCGGGUUCCCUGGCUGGAGGAGACAAGAGCAGCCCUAGUUCUGGACCGUCUGCCCUCACCACGGGCAAUGGUCUCUCAUAUGCCCUACCAUCUCAUGCCCCCCUCCUUUUUCCCCUCCAAAGCCAAGGUCAUCUAUGUUACCCGGAACCCAAAAGAUGUUAUGGUGUCAUCGUUUCACUUCCACAAGAUGGCCAGUUUCCUGGAUGACCCUGGGACUUUUGCUGAGUUUCUAAACAAGUUUCUCUCUGGGCAAGUGUUGUUUGGGAAGUGGACAGACCAUGUAAAAAGCUGGCGAAAUUCAGAUCUGGGAGAUCGAAUCCUAUACAUUACCUAUGAAGAAAUGGUCAAGGACCUGCGGGGAGUGCUGGAGCGCCUCUCACGGUUCCUUGGUCGGGACCUAAGUGAAGAAACUCUGGACCGUGUAGCCAACCACUGCUGUUUCAGCAACAUGAAGACAAACGCAAUGUCAAACUACUCCCUGGUGCCACAGGAGAUCAUGGAUAGCAGCAAGUCCCCCUUCCUUAGAAAAGGGGUUGCUGGGGACUGGAAAAAUCACUUCAGUCCUGAGCAGGAUGCCAAAUUCACAGCAGUCCUAAAAGAGGAAAUGAACGGAACAAACAUUAAAUUCCCUUGGGAUGAGGAGUGAACAGCUGAAAA